AAGAGUUUUUUUGAGAAGAUUUGGUGAAGUUGUGAAACGUAAAAGAAAAUUCUAUAAUAUCCACCGAAUACAUGAUAUAGACGUCGUUAGAAAUGAAAAAAUCUAAACCAGCUCUUUAUGAUCCGGUAAUCAUAAGCAGAGUUAAGCAGUAUUUAGAAGAAAAUGUUGAUAAAACAUAUCUAGAUGUGGGAGUGAUGACCAAGCAUUUGCAGGAACGUUAUGUUGAAUAUUCACGGCGUAAAGUUGCCCCAUUUCGGGCUCUAGUAGAGCAAGCUUAUCACGUGGUGUCUCAAAGCUACGGUUUGGACCAACAAUCAAGUGGCGAUGAAUCGGAUGCUUCUAGCUUAGAAGUAAUGGAUGAUGCGAAUCCAAUAAAUAAUAUAAUGAAUAAUAUGAUGAACAGUUUGUACCAUAAAACAAAAAAUAAUACGACAGGUACGAAACCAACAACUGGUGAGGCAAUCGACAUAAGCAGCGAUGAAAGUUGCGAUGAACAUCAAACAAACUCCAAUGGAAAAGCAUUAAAUCCUGCCACCACGGUUCUUACUAAAAAUAAUACUAUCACCAUCUCCAAAAUAACAUCGAAUACUGAUCAAUCAGCAGCUAAAGGUAGUUCUUCAACCGCUGCUACUACAGAUACUCCAAAUUCAUUGUCUUCUAUUACAACGCAGUCACCUACAAUGGGUACGCGUAAACGCCAUGAAAUGUCUUUAGGCGGAAUAGGUGGGCAACCAGUAAAGAAACGUAAGUUGGUUCAAGAUAAGAAUGACAAUUUAGCGUCACAUUUACUACAACAAUUGCAACAACGUCAACAACAAGUGCGACAAUAUGCUGGAAAUACCCCACAAAAAGAACAAAAUAACGGAUCCAGUGGUGACCGUUACAUUAAUCCAUUAAGCUCUCAACGCUCGCGUAAAUUCAAGAAAGAAGUUCAGCUGCGUAAAUCGCGGGAAACAUUCCAAGAUAUUGGUGGCAUGGAAAAGACUCUAAAAGAAUUGUGCGAAUUACUGAUGCACAUUAAAUCACCUGAUAUAUACUUUGUGUUGGGUCUUAUGCCGCCAAGAGGCAUAUUACUACAUGGACCUUCAGGAUGUGGAAAGACUCUAUUAGCUCAUGCUAUAGCAGGCCAACUGAAUUUGGCUCUCAUUGAAAUACCCGCCACCGAAUUAGUAGCCGGUAUAUCUGGAGAAUCUGAAGAACGUAUACGUGACGUAUUUGAACAGGCCAUUAGUUGCGCGCCUUGUGUUUUAUUUAUCGAUGAAAUUGAUGCCAUAUCGUCGAAUCGUGCUUUGGCAACAAAGGAUAUGGAGCGACGUAUAGUUUCACAACUUAUUAGCAGUUUGGACGCUUUGAAGCUAAGUGAAGGUGGUCAAUCUGUUUUAGUCAUAGGUGCCACCACACGUCCCGACAUACUUGAUCCAGCUUUACGGCGUGUUGGACGUUUUGAUCACGAAAUCGCUAUCGGCAUACCCACUCGAAAGGAUCGCAAAGAUAUUCUAACGAUUAUAUGCGAUGGUUUAUCGGUGGAGCCUAAGUGCGAUUUUGAUAAAAUUGCAGAGCUGACACCAGGCUAUGUGGGUGCCGACUUAUUGGCAUUAGUGUCACGUGCAGCCACAAUAGCAGUUAAAAGGAAAUGCUCUGAACAGAUGCGCGCGUUUCAAUUAAAGAAUCAAAGCAAUAUAACUAUCGUUGAUUUAGAUGAUGAUAAUGAAGAAGAAAAAAAUAGCGAAAAGAAAACUGUGACCACUGGUGACGAAAUUAACACCAAUAAGUACAAUAAUAAAACUGAGACUAACGUAGAGCAAAUGGAAGUUGACAACGGUGAAACGGAAACAAAGAAGCAAUUAUCGGAAGGAGAAAAAUGUUCUGAGGGCGAACAGGAGGAGAUUAAUAAAAGUUCACAGGCUGAAACGCCGGCAGAUACAACAGACAAAGAGAAACCAAACGAAAGUUCUGAAAACAUUAGUGAUUGUUCCGAAGAAAAGAAUGAAAGAAAGAGUUCAAAUGGAGUUUCGAAAGAGAUAAUAGCUAAAAUGAAAUUACAGGAACCGUCGCUGUUCGAAUUGUUGAUUUGGUUGGAUAAUCCUCCCGAGGAUAUUACUUUUGUAUCGGAGUUUUGCAUAACGUUAGAAGAUUUUCGUGAGGCUGUUAAAGUUGUGCAGCCUCUUGCCAAACGUGAAGGUUUUAUUACAGUACCAGAUGUAAGCUGGGAUGAUAUAGGUUCACUGCAAGAAAUACGAGAAGAAUUGAAACUUGCCGUUUUAGCACCGGUAAAAUACCCUGAGAAGCUGGCCUGUUUGGGCUUAACAGCCCCGUCUGGUGUACUCUUAUGCGGUCCACCAGGUUGCGGUAAAACUUUGCUUGCCAAGGCUAUAGCCAAUGAAGCAGGCAUUAAUUUCAUAUCAGUUAAAGGGCCAGAACUAAUGAAUAUGUAUGUGGGUGAAAGCGAGCGCGCCGUAAGGGCUUGCUUCCAACGUGCUCGUAAUUCAGCGCCUUGUGUUAUAUUUUUUGACGAAUUUGAUUCGCUGUGUCCUAAACGUUCCGAUAAUAACGAGACUGGUUCUGGUACGCGAGUCGUCAAUCAAUUAUUAACUGAAAUGGAUGGCAUGGAAGAACGAGAGGGUGUUUAUAUAUUAGCCGCUACUAAUCGCCCCGACAUUAUAGAUCCUGCUAUAUUAAGACCCGGCCGUUUAGAUACAAUACUUUAUGUGGGCUUGCCCGAACAUUCAGAUCGCGUAGAUAUAUUAAAAGCGACCACUAAGAAUGGCUCGCGGCCGUUGGUGGCAGACGACGUUGAUUUUGAGGAAUUGGCGGCCUCUACCGAUGGUUAUACUGGUGCUGAUUUAUCUGGGCUAGUGCGGCAGGCAUCUAUGUUGGCUUUGAAGGAGGCUUUAAACAACAGCGAUUCGAAGACCGAGGAUUUAUGCGUACGAAAAUCACAUUUUCAAAAGGCUAUUGAAAUGCUACGACCCUCUGUCAGUGCUCAGGAUCGUAAGGCAUAUGAAAAAUUACGUUUAAAAUAUGCUGCACCUCGUCUGCCCCAAAUAAACGAUAUUGUCACAUCGUAAAUAUGGUUUUAUUGUAGUUUUUUUUCUCUUUUUUUAUGAUUAAUUUACAAGACUUUUUGCACAACAUCUGCUUUUCGUAAUAUUGUAAGCUUUACGUAGCAAGAAUAAUCUCAUCAUGAAAACUACCCUAAACUCUAAAGAUUACACAUGUCAUUCUUAAUUUGCAUUGCUUUC